GCGUCACGUGAUCACAACAGGCGGAAGUACCAUAUUGCGGUUGACUUUACAUGUUAUUAAAACAGAAAUGCCGCAGAAAGACCCUUGUCAAAAGCAAGCGUGCGCCAUCCAGAAGUGUCUACAAGCUAAUAAGUACCUGGAGAGUCUGUGCGAGGAUAUGAUCCGAGACAUGCGGAGGUGUUGUGAAGUUCAUGCUGGAAACUCGGUCUGCUGCUCCGGUUUUAAGCAGCCCAAACCGGCGGACAACAAGAGCGAAACAUGACUAUGAGCCAUUCUCCUUGAUGUGGAGUUAGAAACCUGCACUCCAUCAAUCUAUAGGUUCUUGUUUUCAAGAGGUCAGGAUCUCAAAACGAUAUUUGCCAUCCUUUGUCCAGCCUAACCCUGGUACUAUCACAGGGCAUUUAUAAUAUCCUUUAUCAUUAUUGUGAUACAUUUUUAAUUCUGAUAAAAUAAUUUAUUUUCUAUCAUUUUAAUUUAAAUGUUUAUUUUUCUGGUGGAGUGUUUUUUUUUUUUUUUCCUGUGCUAUUGCUGAUUAUUUUUCAAUGAUUGGUACAGUGUUAGUCUGGGUUAAUUUUUAAAGAGAUCCCUCUAGUAGGUGAUUUAAAUUAACACUGGCUCAAUCAGUUCAGUUUAUUUAUAUUGUGCCAUUUCCCAACACAUUUCAUCUCAAAGCACUUUACAGAGAAACCUCAACCAGACGAUACAGUCAGACUGAUUCAAAGUUUUCUAAGGAAAACCAGCUGAUUGCUUUGACUCAAACGUCAUCCCUCAUACCGUCAGCAUCAGAUGAUCUGACGACCAUGUUUUGCUUUUAGAGUUUCUCAAGUUAUUGGAAGUCAUAUUUGUACUUGUUUUAAAUAUCCAAGCCAAUCAUCUCCAACAUGCCACAUAAAUACUCCACAGCAGUUGUUUUUGAAAAAGAUCUAAGUGAACAUUGCAUAGUUGGUGCAAUUAGAGACAAUAAAAUCACUUGUUUAAACCCGUUGUUAUCUGAAAAAGAACGAUGAAGCACUCUAGUGAGCAGGCCGUCCAUGACUCAUUAAGGUAUAACUGAAUUCACAAAUUUCUGUUUGAUGACCUUAACCUUGCCUGGGUCACUCUUUUUCUUCUUUUUUUUCCUAAACAGUUAUGAUUUCAUUGACAAAUGUGCUUUAUUUUCUGUGAGCUGAGAGUGAAGGGUUGGUCCUUGGUUCAUAACUAAAUUGGGUUUUGCAAAGUGGGGAAUCAGCUUUGGGCAACUUCGAGGACAUCUGUUUUUGAAGCUGAUUGGCUGCAUUUCCAUCAGUUAUGAAAUAAAUUUACUGUCAUUAAAAAAGCAAACAGGAUUAUAAUUUGGCUCAAACUCCAAAAUGUUUAAAUAACCCAAGGACAUUUUGGCUAACUGUUACGACCCUCCCAGGCAACCAUCAUUAAUCUAAUUCUCCACAUCCAUUAGCUAUGGACUGCACUGAGGUAUCAGAUAAAUGUCUCUGGAGUCUUAUUUGAUGCCAUGUCUGAUAGUCAGCCUCUCACUUCUUCCACUAAUUCCCAGCUAAACAGAAAAACAUCUCGUUUUGAAUAUAUCUGGUCAGGGAGGUUUCAAAGGAAGUGGAGGUUUUCAAUCCUCAUAACCUAAGAAUGUGUUUUUAAAAUGGUAGUUUUUUUGUUUUUGAAAGUGAGAAAACCUGCUGUAAGCUUUAAUCGUAAAUAUAAAAAGGAAUAAUAACUAUGUAAAUUUAGAGUUCAUAAUUUUGAACCAAAAUCAGUUGAAUGUCUUAUGUUUUAAUGGCAUAAUUUAUGGACAUGUAUAUAAAAAAUGUAUAUAUGUAACAGGAAGAAUCACAGUGAAUGUAAAGAAAACAGUCUUUGAAAAAAGUCCUGUAUGCAAGUUUUGGUUUACUUUUGCAACAUGUAUCACAGCUUUAACAAAUAUCAGUUCAACUUACAUGAUCCUCAUCUCUUUUCAAUGGAAAUAAUCAUAUAGAAAAAGAUAUAAUCUGUCUAAUGAAAAUAAUUGUGUAUUUCUGUAAUAAUAAUCGUUCAAUCUACCUGUUUAGCUGCCAAAUGCAAUUUUUGAUGUCAUUGCAACUAAAGUUAUUUAUCUGUGAGUGUA